AUGUCGACACGCAAAGACCCAAACAAGCCCCGAGGGAAAAUGAGUGCCUACAAUAUUUUUGUCAAGGAAGAAACCGAGGCGAUGAAGAAAUUACAAAGCGAAGCUGCAGGCGACAGUUCUGAGACAAAAGAAGAUAAAGCAGUUCGGCAAGCGUUUAUACCGGCCUGUGCAGAAAAGUGGAAGAAGUUAACUGAGGAGGAGAAAAAACGUUUUGUGGAGGCCGCAGAGAAGGACAGGAUAAGGUAUAACAACGAAAUGGCUAAUUACACACCGCCGAGAUACGAAGGUAGUGAAAGGAAAACUCGAAAGCAGAAGAAGAUGAAGGAUCCAAAUCAACCCAAGAAGUGGAUGUAAGUCUAAACCUAAAUAAAAGUUGCUACUUUCAUGUCGACUUAGUACAAGCAUCCGUUCCAGCUGUUUCUCCAUAAGUAUGAAUUUACACUAUCCGGAAAACUGAAUCUGGUCAAGUUUAUAUGGUGAUAAAGCGCUGUGCUUUAUCAAGUUUAUCUGAGCUACGACUUGCAUGAUUCCUCACAUUUUAAAAAAAAAUUCGGAUUUGUACGCCACUGACGACUUUAGACCUUUGAGAAAAUGAAUGUAAGCAGAAAAUUUUUUUAGUACGACUCAAAUUUAACCAAAGCGCCAUUUUGGAUCAGUUUUAUGCAGAGUGGUUUAUUUUCUAGAUGAGUUUCAGUGAAAAGGUUCACGUAAUCCUGUUUCAUUUCUGAUAAGUUCAUUAUUACUCACAGUUCUCUUCUUCGAAACCCAUCUUAAGCUGACGCUUAAUUUAUUUUGUACUUCCCCUAGGUCUUCCUUCAUGUUUUUCUGCCAAGACAAACGCGCUGCGAUGAGAGAAGAAAAUCCAGAAAUGAGAGUUAGAGCUAAAAUGCUCGGUGAAAUGUGGGCCAAGAUGGAAGAAAAAGAGAAGGAAAAGUUUGAACAAAUGGCAAAGGAAGAUAGAGAGAGAUACGAAGAAGAGAUGAAAGCUUUUAGAAGGGGAGACUAUGUAGUUCCUAGUACAAGUCAGAUAGCAGUGGAAGCCGAGGAAUAA